UUUAAAAUAAAAUUACAACAUACAUACAAUAUCAAAGUAACAAUAGCUAACAUAAUGUAAUACCGAUCAAAUGGGUAGCCAUAUCAAAUUAUUUUCAUUUAUUAUGAUUUUUGGGUUCUAACUUGCACAAAACACACAUGCUCUAUCAAGUUGAAGACAACAUCUGUAUUGAGUGGCGGGUAAGAGUAUUAAAAUAUUAAUAAAAGAGGAGCGAUUUUGGACGGAGUCUGUGUCUGUGUCUGGGGUGUGUAUUUGGUCCUGAAGUGAGAAUUCAUAUAUUUUCAUGGGGUGGGCGGUAAAUAUUCAAAGAAACGUCAACACUCAUACUUGUAAUACUAACAAAAUAAAUAUACGCUAGACUAUUAUUAUAUCUCAAUUCUUACCUUCCUAUUUUGCCCUCUCAUUAGCCAAAUUCACAUCCGAAGCGAAGUGAUGGCAAGUGGCGUAAAUUACGUCUUAAAUUAAGCCUCAUUUAUCACUUCUAUUCACUCCCGCUCUUUCCAUCCUUUUGCUGCUCUCGCCCAAAAAUUCUGCUACCCUUCUUCUCACAGACACCUAAACCCUAGAAACCCCUAUACUAAUUCUAGUGGAACAUGAAGUUAUUCAAGUAGCACAAGUUGUAAGGAUUGUGUGAAUUUUCGGUUCAAGAAGUAAAAGUAUUUGCCCAUUAAUUUACUUGUAGCUGUAUGUGUUAUGGAGAGUCAAGAGGUGUUGGUAAAUGGUGGAAUGUCAAAUGGGAGCGCUAUAAUUUCAUAUGGAAAUGGCUUAGAGCAGGUAAAUAGUGAUAAUGGGUUGGAGCAAGUGGGUUUUGAUGAAAAGGGGAAAGGGAAUUUGGCAGAGGAGGUUUUGGAGGAUUUGGAGGAAUACUGGGAAGAUAUUAAUGACAGAUUAAUGAUUUCACGGAUGGUCAGUGAUUCUGUUAUCAAGGGAAUGGUGACUGCAGUGGAACAAGAGGCAGCAGAAAAAAUCGCAUCCAAGGAACUUGAACUGUCCAAUUUGAAGUGGUUUCUGCAGUCGCACGAGGUCGUUACUGGUAAAUUUGAGGAUGUAAGGUUGCCAGUGGGGCGGAAAACAUUUGAAGCUGGGAAUUAUGGGAGGUUUUCUUGUGUUACCAAUGCCUUUGUGAAACAUGAAAAGAUGAGGGAGGACUUACAUGCUUUACGGAGUGUGGCAGGAGAGCAGUUCAAGAAGGCUAAGAAGGAGAUUGAGUGUGCCAGAGGAGCUAAUUCCAUCAAGAAGAUUGGUUCUGGCUCUGAGUUGGUGGGAUUGGGUGGAAUAUUAGAGGAGAAGCAGUGCGAAAGCUGGAUGCAUGUGGAUAAGACACUGGAAUGUCUGAAGACAACAGUGGAUACUAUCUGCACAAAGGUGGAUGAUAUUUUACUGUCCUCCAGGAUUUCACUUUCUGAGUGGCAACAAGAUCAAGUUUUGUCAGCGAAACUUGAGGAUAUAGUGAUACAAAGUGUACUUAGGAGUCUUCAGGAGGAGCUUGAGGAGAACCUUUGGGAACAAUAUGUUCAAUUUACAGGAACUCAGGAUGUUAAUUGGCUUGAAAAGCUUAAUGAUAUAUCUAGUUUAGGCAACCAGUUGGAUGCAGUUCUGAAGUCACUCUCCUUACCGGAAACAGGGUUCGUUUCUCAUGGAUCUCACGAUUUGGAAAAUUUGCACCACAAGACCUUAAGCAAUCAUAUACAGUCGCCCUCACUCUGUGGAGAAAAUGGGACUCUAGACGCAUCUGAUAUUCAUGUCGCUGAGAGCUAUGAUUUUCAGCAGCUGAGACACAUGCCUAAGGAAGAAUUAGUAAAUUAUUUUAAUAACAUCAUAUCUAAGAUGAAGAGAGACCAUGAGUCAGCUCUACAGCAAAAGACUGAAGAAUAUUUUCGUCUAAAACGUGAAUACCUAAAAGAGAAGAGAUCCUUUGUUACACACAGGAAAGAUGAAGAAUUUGAUGCGUUAAGGAAAAGGAUUCCUGACAUUAUCUCAAAGUUGGAGAACUUCCUCUUGGAAAAUAAAAAGUUUCCUACAUUAACCAACAAUGUUGAGAGUAUGGGGAAACUGAAGCAUAGACUAGAUAACCUUCUCUCUGAAAAUCAUCACCUCAGAGACAGCCUUGCCGACAAGAAAAAUGAGGUUAAGUGUCUAGAAGCAGAGAUUUUGGAUGCUGCUGCAAAAUUGUCGGAGCAUACUUUGGCUGAGGAAAACAUGUUGAAGCUUGUGGAAAAUCUCAAAUCAGCAAUGGAAGAUUCAUGCAUUGAAGCUUCACUUAGUGAAGAAGUAUAUAAGUGUGCUCUCAGGGAGCAGCUUGCACAGAGGUGUUGUGUCUCUGAAGAUUCAAACAUGAGCUCCCUUCUAACUGAAGAAAUUUAUGAUAUCAUUCUCAGGGAAGCUGUUAAUACUGCCGAAAAUGCAAACAGACAUAAAGUUGAAGAUUCAGAUAUUGAGUCAUUGAUAGUGCAGGAUUUGAGUGGACUGAUAUUAACAGAAGCUGUCAAGGAUGCUGGGCGAAAACUAAACGAUUUGUCUCAGGAAGUUCUGAUUGAUAAAGAAAUUAGAAUCAGUUUAGCAAUGGAAGCUCUUGAAAAGGAAAAUGAAUUAAGGCUGUUGGUGGAAGAGAAGGAGAAAUUAAGGCAGGAGAUUCUGGAUAUGAGAACAGCAAUAAAACAGAAGGAGAAGCUAGCAAUGGGUUUAUCGAUUUCGUUGUCAAAAGAGAGGGAGCAGUUUGAGCUAGCUUUGCGAGAGCUGGGUAUUUUAAGGGAACAUUCUAGUCGACAAGAAACAUUGGUUGCCGAGAGCAACAGGGAACUCGAAACUUUAAGGUCUCAACAUGCAGAAGCACUGAAGCAGAUUGAAGUUGAUAGAAUGGAAAUACAAAAUCUUAAUCAGAAGCUUGAUCAGACAAAAGAGGUGUUAACAGAAGCAAACAAAGAGAGACAUUCUGCAUUCACUCUUUCACAAGAAACUCAUGACAAGUUACUGGUAAGUGAAGCUAGAGAGGAGAAAUUAAGAAAGGAAAUGGAAAUGGCUGCCAGUGGGUUCUCCAAAAUGUUUGACGAUUUUGCAUGCAGAGUAUCAGGAGUAGUAAAAAGCAAUACUCUGAGGUUGGAAGACAUAAGUUCUCAACUCAAAGCUUUCUCCAAGAUGGCUACUGUGCUAAGAAGCACGGGAUUCAUGUACAAACAGAAGCUGGAGCGGAGAUGUGCUGAUCUCCAAAUGGCAGAGGCUGAGGUUGAUCUUUUAGGGGAUGAGGUUGAUGCUUUGUUGAGAUUGCUGGAGAAAAUAUACAUUGCACUUGAUCAUUACUCUCCAGUUUUAAAGCAUUAUCCGGGGAUUAUUGAGAUCCUCGAGCUGGUCAGGAGGGAAUUGAGUGGAGGAUCUACCAAACUGUUGUGAUCAACUCCAUGGAUGAAUGCGAAACUCUUUGAUGACAAGCUAUGCUGAUAUCAUGUGUAUGGAGAAAGGUGACUUAAGCAAUCUAACCACUCCAUAUAUGCUACCAUGUGCACCAAUUUGGGCAGUUGAACCAGAAAUUCACCCCUGUUCGUAAUGGACUUGGAUAGUUAAGUUAAAGAAGAGACCUUUUUGCUGUGUGCGUCUGAAGCUCAACCGAGGAAAUUCUAUAAUGAAGAGAGAUCUGUGGUCUUGCUCUUAUACCUGGUUUUUUCUCUUUUAACUCUGUGUUUCCUUGUAAAUGACCACAUGUAAAUCUGCUGUUCCAUUAGUUAGAUUAAUUGAAAAAGCAGGCUCCCUCACAUAUUCAUAUAUAUAUAUAUAUAUUCAUUCAUUUA